AUGUUUUGGCGCUUCGGCGGGUACGCGCAGCUGUCGUCGCUCGACAGCAUCCUCGACAAGCCCGACGUGACUGUCGAGGAGCUGCUGGACGAGUCGGAUCUCAUACAGGAGCUCAAGCAGCAGAACUCGAAGCUGAUAGAAUACCUUCGCGAUGAGAAUGUCUUGGAGCGCCUGCUGCGCUACGUUAUCGCCGCAAGGCCCAAGGAACCAGACGACGACACAUCCAAUGAGCCUGCGCACGAGGCCCGGAGUCCCAGCCGGACGGGCUUUUUCGGCAAAGUCAGGGCACGCUCGACGUCCACCACAAAGUCCGAUGCUGGCGAUAGCGAAGAAAGCAAGGAGGAGCGACAGCGCAUGAAGUAUGCCUAUGUGUCAUGCGAGAUCCUGUCCUCCGAAGUAUGGUCCAUAUCCGAGGCUGUCCUCGAGAACCAGGACACUUUGCGACAGUUCUGGGCCUACAUCAAGCAGCCUGCGCCCCUCGAUCCUGUACAAGCUGGCUACUUCACCAAGGUCAACGAGUCGCUGCUCGACCGCAAGAUGGAGGAGAUGCUCGAGUUCUUCAAGUCGUUGGACAACGUUGUGACAGACAUGUUGCAGCAUGUCGACUGCCCUGUCAUCAUGGACCUGCUGCUGAAGAUCAUCAGCCUAGAGAAGAGUGAAGGCGGACAAGGCAUUGUUGACUGGUUACAACAGCAGAACCUCAUACCCCGUCUGAUCUCGUUCCUCGCCCCCGAACAAUCUACUUCUACACAAACAUCCGCUGGUGACUUCCUCAAGGCCAUCAUCACCAUAUCCGCAAACGCUACCACACAAGAUCAAUCCGUCAUCGGGCCCAACGAGCUUACGCGCCAAUUGGUGUCCGAGCAAUGUCUGAAGCAAUUGAUAGACUUCAUGCUUCAAGGUGGCAACCCACUGACAGUCGGUGUGGGCAUCAUUAUCGAGGUCAUCAGAAAGAACAACUCUGACUACGACCUGGAGAAUCAAAUCGGGCCGGUACCCAAGAAUUCAGACCCCAUCUAUCUAGGAACGCUGCUUCGUCAGUUCGCGAACCACAUCCCGCAAUUCAUGGAGCUGGUCAAUAGUUCGAGCCAGAUCGUGACACAGCGCGAUGGCAGCACUACCAAGAAGAAGCGAGAGCUCAAGACAGCCUUUGGCGAGAAGAUCGAGCCACUCGGCUUUGAUCGUUUCAAGACCUGCGAGUUGAUGGCCGAGUUGCUACAUUGCAGUAACAUGGCACUACUCAACGAACGGGGAAGCGAAGCCGAAGUUAGAAGACGCGACGCUGAGCGGGAACGUCUGAAAGCAGACGGUAAAUUGACUUCGGCAAACGCUGGCAACAUGGGCGACUUUUCUACCAGCGUCGACAGCCAGGGCUUCCAUCAUGCGCGCGCACCAUCCAUGGACUCCCCUGCCGAGAUAAAACCCCUGCAUGUACAAAACAGCUCGGAAGACGACUUUGAGAAAGUCGUUGCGCCGGAGGUUAUUCCCGAGGACUCCAAAGACACUGCGACCGAGAAGGAGCAGAUUGGAGAGCCAUUGGAACCCUCACCAAAGGUUGAACCAAGAGACGCGCCAAAAGAUUCGUCCGCUACCAAGACCGCGGACGAUGACGGCGAGUUUGUUGACGAGCCUCUGACGCCGCCCAAGGACAGUGCAGCACCUGCUGAGACUGCUCCGUCGCCGCCCAAGCCCGCGGACGAUGCUGAGUCGCCUACAUCAGCAGGACUGACUGCCAAGGUUGAUGAGCUUGAAUUGGAUACGGAUACCGUCAUGAAUGAUCGCCAGGAACCAACUGAGCCCGAACAGACCGACAAGUCCGAGACUGAACCCAAAACCGAUGUCAAGACCCCGCCAUCUCUCCUAACCCAGCAGCUUAGCCAAACCUCAGAUUCAAACGUUGACCAAUCUGCGAGUCUUUCACCUCAUCCAGAUGACAAGCCAGCUCCAUUGUUUGCGGGUAAGAACCGCGAAAGCAAAGCUGAAACAGCCAGCAUCGACACCUCGCGCUUCACAGCACCAGUAGCGGGAUCAGAUCUGUCCGAGAUUACUCCUAUCGACGAGACUCAGAGCGUACGUUCCGUUGUAUUUGGUAGUGCAGAGGAGACUGUAGGCUUUGAAAUCGACAUUGACGGCACGCCCGUUGUUGGCGAUUUGUUGAAGAUUACAUUCGUUGAGAACAAGGUUGUACCAACGAUACUGGACUUCUUCUUUCGCUUCCCAUGGAACAACUUCCUGCACAAUGUAGUGUAUGAUGUUGUUCAGCAAGUCUUCAACGGGCAGAUGGACCGUGGAUACAACCGACAACUAGCGAUCGAUCUCUUCGACAACGGAGGCAUUACCGAGCGCAUCAUCAAAGGGCAGCAGGAGAGCGACAAGUCGCAUAAGGAAACAUCCAUGCGACUGGGAUACAUGGGUCAUCUCACGCUGAUUGCGGAAGAGGUGUUGAAGUUUACAGAACGACACACCGACGAAGUGUUAUCACAGAUGGUCCUGGAGAAGGUUCACGCUCAAGAAUGGGUAUACUACGUGGAACACAUUCUAGCUGAGACACGAGAACGCGACAACGCCAUUCUCGGAGGCGUACGACCUGAUAUGAGUGUUGGGCCCCGACAGGCCGUGCUCAAUGCCGUCAACGCUGCGAACAACAACUUUGGAGGCGACAGUGGCGGGCUCUCCAAUGCAAGCCUUGCCAACAACGGCAACAUAGGCCUCGACAGCAUGGAGCUCACCAAUGCUGGUGACACUGAGGGUGGUGGGUACACCUUCAGCGGAGGCUCCUUGCUUAGUGGCUUUACUAACUCGAGUGACGAAGAAGACGAAGACAUGGACGAUGUCGAUACCGAGAGAGAGCGGGAACAACGGCAGGGGCCUGUCGACGACUCCGAACAACCCACUGCUCCCCCGCCGCUUCAAAUCCCUCCCUCGCGGGCCCGUCGCCAAUUUGCUCUCCGACUCGCGCAACGCAAAGCCCAACUUGAAUCGACGCGCGAAGCAGAGGAGGACCCCGACGACCCAUCAGCUCCCGGGAAAACUCAGGAACAAGAGGAGCGUGAGGGGCAUCAGCGCUUCGCACGCAUGUUUGAAGGCAUCGAGGACUCGUCCGAUGACGACAGUCUGCAUAGUAUGGAGGGCGUGGGUGACGACGAGGAAAACAUACUAGGCCGCAUCGAAGUUGAGGGGCAGGAGGUGGGGAGAAGGAGUCCGGUGAAAGUUGCCAGUCCCGAGAAGGUGGGUAGUCCGGAGUUGGAGAGGAGGGGAAGCGGCGACGAUGGUAAGGAAGACGGAAGCAGAGUCGUGGUUUAG